UCCAGCGCUUGACCGGUGUCACAUCGGUAUUAUAUUGGGGUACAAUGUUCGCUUUUGAUUUUCUGAUACUUACGUUAUGUGUGUUGGUAAUUACUUUAUCACUCUUAUACAUCAUGGAUAUUAUUCUUGAUCUUCGUCUAUAUUAUAUAACAGAAAUAAUGUGCACGAUAUUGCUUCUGGAGUUAUUCGGUGUUAACAUUUUACUUUUUACAUAUCUAUUCAGUUUUAUUAAUAAAUCAAGGAGCACUGUAACAACCAUAUUGAAUGUCGCACCUAUUGACUUUGUUCUUAUACAGUAUUUGCUACAUAACAUAACACACAGUUUUGAUUGGCUUCAUCCGCUAUUCAUUCUGCAAAAGAGAAUAUUCCUUUUAAUUCCUUACUUAAGUUUGUUCCACGGUCAACUAUCUUUUUUCAACGUAUCAUUACAAAAUGCAAGGUGUCGUCGUCUUCCAAAAAAUCUGCAGGAUACAAUUUGCCUUUUAUUAGAAGAAGAUCUUCGUCGUGAUUCUUUGAAUUGCGUAGAUGGAAUGUGCGAGAAUCAAUUAACUUACUUCAAUGACUUCACAAAUGAUAUGAGUUUUGAAGAAUGUAUAGUAUAUCUAGCUCUAACACCAAUUUUAUAUUCUGCUUUAUUAAUUACAAUGGAAGAAAAGCUGUUUUCAAAAUUACUCAUGAAAAUAAUAGGUAGAAAAUUAAGAAAAGAACAAGAUAUAAUGGAUGAUCAAGUGAAGAGGGAGAAACUUGCAGUAGCGGAAGAAAUUAAUAAAAUUAAUAACCAAAGUGUAAAAGUUACGAAAAAAGCAUUGGAAGCAAGUCCCACAGAGAUGCCCAACUUGAAUUCAGUACAAGAUUCCUUAAGUGACGGAAACAGUCUCUUCUUAGUGUAUGAAUUAAGCAAAUAUUAUGGCAAGUUAAUGGCUGUGAAAGAAAUCAGUUUUCGAGUGAAGCCACAGGAAUGUUUUGGAUUACUCGGCGUAAACGAUGCCGGAAAAAAUACAACUUUUAGGAUGCUAACGGGAGAAGAAAUGUCCAAUAGUGGUAUAAUGUACUUAAAGCAAGCUGAAAUCCAUUCGAAUAGGUUCAAG